AUGGCCACGCCGGAGGAGAGCACGGAAAGCCAGCCCGGGUGGAGGCGCGUCCUGGGGGAUGGGGGGCGCAGCCCUCCUGCUGCUGCUCGCGGGGGCCGCGGCCCCGAGGGAGACCCGGGCGGGCCCCCACUCCGUGAGGUUUUUCUCCACCGCGAUGACCCGGCCCGGCCUCGGGGAGCCCCGCUUCAUCUUCGUGGGCUACGUGGACGACACGCAGUUCAACCGCUUCGACAGCGACUCUAUGGGCCAGAGUGCGGAGCCUCGGGCGCCCUGGGCAGGGCAGGUGGAGCAGGAGGAGCAGGACGGGAGGACGCGGAUCCUAAGGGAGCGCACACUGAGAACCUGCGCUCCUGGACCACUGCGGACACGGCCGCUCAGAUCACCCGGCGCGAGUGGGAGGCCCGGGGUGAGGCAGAGAAAUUCAGGAACUAUGCGGAGGGCAGGUGCUUGAGGUGGCUGCGCACAUGCCUGGAGUACGGGAAGGAGACUCUGCAGCGCACGGAUCCCCCAAGGACACAUGUGACUCACCACCCCACCUCUGAGGAUGAGGUCACCCUGAGGUGCUGGGCCCUGGGCUUCUACCCAGCGGACAUCACCCUGACCUGGCAGCGAGAUGGGGAGGACCUGACCCAGGAGAUGGAGCUGGUGGAGACCAGGCCUGGGGGAGAUGGAACCUUCCAGAAGUGGGCGGCUGUGGUGGUGCCUUCUGGAGAGGAGCAGAGAUACACGUGCCACGUGCAGCAUGAGGGACUGCUGGAGCCCCAAGUCCUGAGAUGGGUGCCCCUUCCUCAGUCCUCCAUCCCCACCGCGGGCAUCAUUGCUGGCCUGGUUCUCCUUGGAGCUGUGCUCACUGGAGCUGCGGUGGCUGCAGCUGUGAUGUGGAGGAGGAAGCACUCAGGGAGACAAGGAGGAAGUUACACUCAGGCUCUAGGCAACAACAGUGCCCAGGGCUCUGAUGUGUCUCUCAGCCCCUAAAGCAUCUUUUAAAAUGAAUGUGAUGAGGGCCCUCCACGGUGGCACAGUGGGUUGAACGUAGUGCUGUGAAGCUGUCCGCAGCCUCCGCAGUGCAGGUUCGAUUCCCGGCCAGCCAGGAAGACUCCCACUUGGCGGGGCAGACAUCUCCUCUCUCGCCCGCUGCUUCCCUCAGCAGUGCUUUCAGUCCGUCUGUCUGUUCUGCUCCCCACUCUGGUGAAUCCUGAUUCACCAGAUCUGGUGAAUCAGGUCUCUGGUGAACCCUUUCACUCUCCCGCGACUUGGGCCUGUACCCCAGCUCUUAUAUAAAUAAAAAAAUUUAAAAAAAUGAAUGUAAUGAGGCUUCUGUUGUUCACACCCUUGACAGCACCUGAUAUUGUGCAGAGUUUGCAUUUUCAGUCUCUCCUAGGUGUGAUGGUGUCACUGUUCUUAACUGUGAUAGUGAGCAUUUGUUCAUAUUUUCACUUUUCUAUGACUACAGUUGCCAUUAUUAUAGAAGUUUUGUACAUUUUUACAGAUGAGGUGCCAUUCAUUUAUUACACUAUUUUUGUCCUUAUUAAAAUUGGGUUAUUUCUUUCUGAUCAUUGAGUUUUCGGCAUUAUUUGUAGAUACAGUCCUUUGUCAGAUUCGUGAUUUGCAAAUGUUUCCCCCCAACUCUGUGAACUGAACUCCUUUACUGAUGGGAAAACGAACACUAUUGCCCAGACAGGAGCAUGGAGAUACAUAUAUUUGGAAGAGAAAAGAUAAAUUGCUAGGUUUUGAGCAGAUACUGGCUGAUUGGGGUGUUGGGGGUGGAGGGGAAUGACUUAUGCGUAUCCUUGAGUGUUAUUUAAAUGUCCUUGUAUGAGCAUGAAAUAUGCUUUCUAAAGUAAAUUACACUUCAUUCCUCAACUUAUAAAACUCUUCACACAUCAUGACCAAAUCACGUGUUAAGACCAGACUGACACGUGGGUUACAAGUAAUGGACCUGCUCGUCAUAGUUGCAAAGUCAUGGUUUCCCUUUGGGUUUACUCUGGUAUUGUCCAUUCUUGGGGUGUUGGACACGUGUAAUGACCUGUGUCCAUCAUGAGAAUAUCAUACAGAGGAUUUUCACUGCCCAUAGUGUCUUCUGUGCUCCAAGGAUUCAAAAGCAAAAAGGAACCAGUGGAAUCACAUCAGACUAAAAAGCUACAUAGUGAAGGAAGCUAUCCUUAAAAUGAAAAGACAAUAUCAAAUUGGAGAAACUAUUUGUACAUCAUCAAUCCAAUAAGGAUUUAAUAUCCAAGAUCUACAAAGAACUCCAAAACAAGAAAACACCUCAAAACAGAGGAGAGGAGCUAAAUAGGUACUUUUCUAAAAAAGAUACACAUGUGGCCAAUAGAUAUAUGGAUACAAGUUUAUCAUCAUGUGCUGUCAGAAAAAUGCCAAUUCAAACCACAAUGAAGGCCUCCCCUGGUGGCGCAGCGGUUGAGCACUGGGCUGCGAAGCUGCCAGCAGCCUCUGCAAGCCAGUUUGAUCCCCGGCCGCAGGCGAGGGUCCCACAUGGUGCAACAGACCUCACCUGCCCCUCCUGCUGCUCCCCUCAGCAGUGUAUUUCUUCGACAGCCUGCCUGUUCUGUUCCCUGCUCUGGCUUUGGUGAAUUCUCUCACCCUCCUGCGCUUCUUACUGUACCCAGUGCU